AUGCAGGCUCGCUACUCGGUGUCGGACCCUAACGCCCUGGGAGUGGUGCCUUACCUGAGCGAGCAGAAUUACUACCGGGCGGCGGGCACCUACGGCGCCAUGACGGGCUCCAUGGGGGUCUACUCGGGCCACGCCGAGCCCUACGCGGCCGGCAUGGGGCGCUCCUACGGGCCGUACCACCCCCACCAGCCGACGGCGCCCAAGGACCUGGUGAAGCCGCCCUACAGCUACAUCGCGCUCAUCACCAUGGCCAUCCAGAACGCGCCCGACAAGAAGAUCACCCUCAACGGCAUCUACCAGUUCAUCAUGGAGCGCUUCCCCUUCUACCGGGAGAACAAGCAAGGCUGGCAGAACUCCAUCCGCCACAACCUCUCGCUCAACGAGUGCUUCGUCAAGGUGCCCCGCGACGACAAGAAGCCCGGCAAGGGCAGCUACUGGACGCUCGACCCGGAUUCCUACAACAUGUUCGAGAACGGCAGCUUCCUGCGCCGUCGGAGGCGCUUCAAGAAGAAGGACGUCUCCAAGGACAAGGAGGAGGCCCUGCGCGACCGGCACCUCAAGGACCCCGCCAAGGCCGCCGACGCCAAGGACGCCCCGCCGGCCCCCGCCCCGUCGGAGAAGAAGGUGGUCAUCAAGAGCGAGGCGGCCUCGCCCGACCUGCCCGUCAUCACCAAGGUGGAGACGCUCAGCCCGGAGAGCGGCGGCGGCGGCGGCGGCAGCGCCCUGCAGGACAGCCCGCGCAGCGUGGCCUCCACGCCGUCGGUGUCCACCGAGAGCUCCCUGCCCGGGGACCCCCACCACCCGGGCGCCAGCAACGGCCUCUCGGGCUUCAGCGUGGAGAAUAUCAUGACCCUGCGGACGUCCCCGCCGGGGGAGCUGAGCCCGGCGGGCCGGACGGCGGGCCUGGUGCCUCUCAGCUACGCCCAGGCGCAGCCCGCCCCGUCGGUCUACAGCCAGGCCUGCAGCCAGGCCGGCCUGGGGGAGGCGGGCGGGAGCUACCAGUGCAGCAUGCGGGCCAUGAGCCUCUACGCCGGCGAACGGGCGGCGCCUCACCUGUUGGACGACGGCGCCGAGCAGCAGCAGCAGCCCCCCGACGGCGCCGCCUCGCCCCUAGCCGCCCUGAAUUUGGCCUCGGGGCAGCAGCAGCAGCAGCAGGAGGCCCCCCCGGCGGCCGCCCACCACCCUCACCACCUCCACCACCACCACCAAGCCAGCGGCCAGGCCUCCUGGUACCUGAACGCCCCGUCGGAGCUCAACCACCCGCACCUCUCCGGCCACCACCACCCCUUCGGCUCUCAGCAGCCCGGCUUCCCCAACGUGCGGGACAUGUUCGGCUCUCACCGGCUCGGCCUGGAGACCUCGGCGGCGCCGCUGAGCGACCCACAGGUGAGCACAAACGCCAGCUGCCAGAUCCCCUAUCGGUCCGCGCCCUCCAUUUACCGCCACUCCGCCGCCCCUUAUUCCUACGACUGCGCCAAGUAUUGAGCGGCCGGCGGGGCUUUAAACUUUAAAAGGCCCGGCAGAGAACGGGGGGCUUUGAAGCCAGCGCUGCGGACGCCCCGACGGAAGGCCGGCCGGCCGCCCCCGCGAGUCCCAAGCGCCUUGCGGACGGAUAAGCUCGCCUUUGGCUCCAGGCUCAAUAAGUGCUACUUGAAAAAAGGAAAGAAAAAGAAAGAAAAUUGAGGAGGUGUCUUUUUUGGGUUGGUUUGUUUCAGUAAAAUAGGAUAGUUUUUUUUAAGGCCAAAUUUCUGUACCAGUGGAAUGGUGAUCUUCCAGGAGGAAAAAAAAAAUUAUGAUGGGUCGCCAAUUCCAAAAUAAAUUAUGAUGGGACGCCAAUUCCACAACGACCUCUGAUAAAUUUUUUUUCGAAAAAGAAAUUUAGAUACGAUUUUAUAUAUAUAUAUACAAAUAUAUAUGUCCUGGUUGUUGGAAGGGUUUUUUUUCUUUUGCUGGGAGGUGGCAAGGAGAAAGUGCUUUUUAUUGGCGUUGUAAAAUAUGUGUGGAUUUCUAAUUGGGCUUGUGUGGAGAGCCGUUAAUAUAAUAUUUAAAGUUGAGUUCACUGGAUGAUCCCAAGGUUUUUUUUUCCUUCCAUAUUUCCCCGCUGCCAAAUUGAAAAAAGAAGUUAACUUUUUUUCUGUGUGUGUGUGUUUGUGUGAGUGUGUACAAGGACC